CUUGUUGUUUUGGGAUUUUAGGUAACUGAAGUAGGGGCGCGGCUGAAAAAGGAGCCUGUGGGCUUCUGGGGACCCUAGGGGACAGGACGAGUGCCCCUCUCCCCACUUAGAGUAGCUUAGAUCAGAGGCGAGCGAGGCCUGGCGUGCAGGUGCGUGCCGCAGACCUGGGCCAGUGUUGGGAAGGGGCAAGCUGGGCUGUGCUGUCCACAGUCUGUGUCGGAAGACAGCGCUCCCCUAGAAGAGGGUGGGCUCCUGGGGCCGCAAAAACUGGCCUCUAACCUGAAAGAACUCACUAGCGCUUCCAAGAAGACCCAAACGAAUCCCAGAAAAGGGAGAAUUUAACCCUAUUACUUAUGUGAAGCAGAUUAGGAGAUUCUGCCUCCCCAGGAAAACUAUGAACGACUCUUGCUGUUGAAAAAUUGGACCAGCUUUCAGAAGGGAGUUGCGAAUGUGUGGAGUGUUUUCAGCAGGGGCAUCUAGGGCCACGCCAGGCCAGUUCUCUCAUGACUUCACUCCGUUUACCAUCUCUCCAACGGAUGCUUCCAGAGUCCUCUGUGGGUUUCCUGGAGCAGGAAAAGAUGAAAAAAUCUCUGGGACUGACAUUCGGGGAUGUGACCAUAGAAUUUUCUCCAGAAGAGUGGGCAUGCCUGAACGCUGCUCAGUGGAAUUUAUAUAGGGAUGUGAUGUUAGAGAACUACAGAAACCUGGUCUCUGUGGGUCUUGCUGUCUCUAAGCCAGACCUGAUCACCUGUUUGGAGCAAAGAAAAGAGCCCUGGAAUGUGAAGAGACAUGAAGCAGUAGCAGAGCAACCAGGUAGGUGGGAGUGA